CAGGCUGCCGUGAUAUGAACAGGGACCUCCGAAAUAUCAGCAAUUCCAAUCCUGACCUCCACGCUCGAUUUUCCCCUCACACUCAGAGCUCAUGCCCUCACCCCAAGCUUACAGUCGCCCUGUACGGAAACUUGUUCUCGGCAUCGAUGUUGGCACCACGUAUUCAAGCAUGGCAUACGCUCUGCUUGACCCUGGCGAGGUGCCCAAGAUCCAUGGUGUUACGCGCUUUCUGGGGCAAGAGAAUGCUGCAGGAGACUCGAAAAUUCCCUCCAUCUUAUGUUACCGCCAAGAUGGCUCAGUACAUUCUGUCGGUGCCGAAGCAGCUCUCCCUGGCUUGGAUUUAGAUGCUGAAGACCAGGACCUCGUGCUCGUAGAACGAUUCAAGCUUCAUUUGAGGCCGGAGAGAUUCGGCGACCCCAGACGUCAAGACGUUCCUCCGCUCCCGCGCGGCAAGACAGUUAUCGACGUCUUCUCCGACUUCCUCAGAUAUCUCUUCCGCUGCACCGGUCAGUACAUUCGCGAGACACACGCCAAUGGGGAGAGUCUGUGGACAUCCAUCGAAGAUCGCAUCGAGUUUGUUUUGUCCCACCCAAAUGGCUGGGGGCGUCUGCAACAGGGCAAAAUGCGUCAAGCAGCUAUUAUGGCUGGCCUUGUUCCUGACACUGCCGCGGGUCAUGCUCGAGUCCACUUAGUCACCGAAGGGGAAGCGAGCCUGAUGUUCUGCAUCCAAAGUGGGCUCACAGAGGAAGCUAUGCGGGUUGGCAAAACCGUCAUGGUUAUCGAAGCGGAUAGAGCGACUGUCAAAUUCAGCACCUACGCAUUCGCCUCCAUCUUUCCCAUUUCGGUAUUGAAGGAAAUCACGCCAGCUGAAUGUAUCCUCCAGGGAUCGACAACAAUCAAUAUCAGAGCCCGACAGUUCCUGGAAGAGAGACUAGCGUCUUCAGCUUACGGAAAUGACAAGGAUAUCAAUUCAAUGAUGAUUUACUUCGACAAUAAGACAAGGCCGGCCUUCGAUGACGACAAGAAACCGUCGUACAUCAAGUUCGGUUCAAUGAGCUGCAAUGAUCCGAAAUUCAGUAUACGUCGUGGUCAGCUCAUGCUCAGCGGGGCGGAAAUGAAGUCCUUCUUUCAACCCUCUUUGGAUGCCAUCGUUGACGUCGUGCAGAAGCAGCGUCGAGAAGUCGCCGAAUCCCUUGAGACAGUGUUCCUCGUCGGUGGCUUCGCUGCUAGUCCAUGGCUGCACACUGCUCUGAAGAGCGCACUGAAUGCUCAUGGAGUCACUCUGUGCCGCCCGGACUCCCUCACGAGUAAAGUAGUCGCCAAUGGUGCGGUGUACUUCUACCUUGAGCAGUUCGCCUCGGCACGAAUCAUGAACAUGACAUACGGUACCAAUGUUGCCGUCGAUUAUGACUUGAACGAUCCGGAACAUUACCGACGCCGCGAUGACUCAUUUGUCCGUCCUUCUGGCAGGGUUAUGCUACGACACGGCUUCUCUAUAAUGUUGAAGAAGGGAACGUCAAUGAGAGACAACGAGGAGAUCUCUCACCCGUACAACAUCGAGGCCCGCAACCUGAGAAAUCUGGACAGCAUCAUUGUCGAUGUUCUUUGCUACAGAGGCAGAUCAGCCCAGCCCAAGUGGGUCGAUGUCGAACCAGAAUACUACACACCUAUUUGCACGGUGUCCGCCGACACAUCUAGGGUUUCGAAGGUGGCACGGAACGGGCCUGAUGGCCUGUACUACUUGCAGGAGUUCAAGAUCGUCCUUCUCUGUAACUCUACCGAGCUUCAAGCACAAAUCGGCUGGGUAGAUGGGGGCGUUGAGCAUCGGGGCCCAGCCAAGAUAUUCUACGACGAUGAUCUCGAGAUCUCCCAGUGACAUUAGGAUUCUGCUGAUCGUCAUGGAUGAAGUACAGUCGCCAAUCCAAGUUGACUUUCGUGUUCUCUAGCGUGUGAGCACCUAGAGCAACCGAUGCGAAGAAGAAUCUCUGCAGUGGAGUAAGGACGAAAUAUUGAGGUAGUGCUCGAGAGAUUACAGCCGCGAGACUUAUCGGAC